AUGGUGUACGGUGGCCUUGUGGUGCCUAUUAUUGUCAUGAGUGUUUUUUGGGGGGUGGUCGGUGGCGUCUUGCCAUGGCUUGUGUCCAAGGGGCCUAACCGGGGUGUUAUCAACACAAUGCUGGUGACAUGUGCAGUCUGCUGCUAUCUCUUCUGGCUGAUUGCAAACCUGGCUCAGCUGAACCCUCUCUUUGGGCCACAGCUAAAAAGCGAUAUAAUCUUGUAUCUAAGGGAGCACUGGCCUUAAUGAUGCCCUGUUCUGU